GAUUGCUCGACCAGCCAAGCGAUCCCAUCCCCGCGCGUCCAAGGACCCAUUGCUCGUCCGGGCUGUCUUGUCUGAUAUCUUGGACCAUUCGCACAGACACUCUUUGCUGCACCCGCCGUUUCCUCUCGCUAUCCCUCCGAUUGACCCCAAGAUCUUUGGGGUGACAUCUUCCAAUCCAGCCAUGGCCACAUCUCAAGGAAUUAACGUGUUGCGCUAUUCUGCCCUUUUUUUUGGUGUUUUCUACGGCUUCUAUCACCAAUCCUCGUUGAACGCACAAGCGAAGGCCGCCCAGCAAGACCGUGAAUAUCACCGGAAAGAGCAAUUGAUAGAGCAAGCCAAGGCUGAGUUUGCGAGAAGAAAUUCGCCUGCGCCAAAGGAGCCAGAGACUGGUGUGAUUACGGAUCCGGAUGAUGCAAGAUUCGAUCUAGAAGCCUUCUUGAAGAUGAAAGCUGGUGAAAAAUAGAGCAGAGGUGCGAACUUGAAUGUCGAUGAGGUUUGAGAUGAAACGCGCAAAGGAACCAGCGGAUGAAUCCGGGGCGGAUAUCACAGCAAUUCUGAUCGGCCUGACGUCAAUUUGCAGGCGGAGAGAAUAUCCAUUUUGUACUAUUUGUAUCAUUUAAAGAUCUCCUCCUUGGACCGACAAAAAGGGGUACCAGAUCAAUAGAUUUCAUUUUUCUGUUGUACAUAUCAUUGGGUAUCUCUUAAUACCGUGCGCCUGACUUACAGGUCGCAUUGUUGUUGAUCUGGUGUCAGUGAAGCGAUUGUCUCUUCCCUCUAGAACAAGAGCCCAAUUGCCGGCAAACCAGUGGUCUACAACACGGCAAUUGGUUUCGCGGCAAUCGGCUUUCCCUCUCGCAUAUUGCCCGAUAAUGUAAGAUGCCGUUGUUGGCAAAGGAUCGGAGGCACGUGCCUCGUACGAUUCAUGGCCCCCUUCUUUCAUUGAAUGAAUAUCCACACAAAUCCAUGGCUCAGCCGCCAUAAUUCCCCAAAAGCGCCGCCAGUUUCCCAAUUUUGACUUGGUCUAACUCAGUGCCGCCAGAGACGGGACGGGGCACCGGCUUCAAUAGCUUUGUAUCCGAAUCAUACUCCCACCCUUUUUCCACUAAGGCUGCAAUCAAUUCUGAAGUGGCCGAAUCUGGAAUAUCUCCCAUUGCGUCAUUUUCCGCUGAGCUAAGAUUGAAGCCGAGGUAUAAAGCCGCGGUCUCAGGUCGGAUGGCUCCGUAAGUGAUGCUGAGCUCGCCCAGCGUCUUGUCAC